CAGCGAAUCGAACAGUACGGUCUCCUAUACCCAGCUAAAUUUGCUAAUAAUUUUCCAGUAGAAAAUUCUCCGUAUUGAAGCGUGCGCUUCGGAGCGUAUUAUCUACUUUGCCGAGGUUGUUCCAUGUUUUCUUACAAACAUGUUUGAUUUCACCAUCAAAACACUUGACGGCAAAGACCAUCAAUUUUCCGUGGAAGAUGAUAUCACAGUUGGCCAGCUUAAAGAGAAGGUGUUGGCGCAGAUGGGAGUUGAGAUUGAACUUCAACGUUUGAUCUUUUGUGGAAGAGUACUACAAGAUGAGAAAAAAUUAGCAGACUAUGGUGUCCAAAACAAAGUAGUACACAUGGUGCAAAGAGCCCCGCCAUGCUUGGAAUCCCGUUAUUCUGCGCUACGGGAAAGAGAAAGGGAAAGGGAGAGAGAAAGGGAUCGAGAAAGAGAUCGAGAUCAGAUAUUUCCUAACCAAAUCAACUUCAAUACACAUAACGGUCCGAUUCAAAUUAAUAAUACUCAGCAAAUGAGAAGGCUUGUGGCGUUGGCUGCUACUGCUAAUGGGAUUGAGAUCGAAGAUGAGCCAGCUAAUACCCAGUCACCGACCUCUGCGCGAAUGGAAUUUCUUCGUCACAUUAUAGAAGAAAUAAAGGGAUUCCUUGAAGCCCUAAAAUUAAGCGAGAGUGAUGAGCCACGUAAUUACCCAACUGAUGAUCCAUUGGAGUCUGCAAGCGGAGUGAGUGCGUCUAGUUCGGGGCAGGACGAGGUGAUGUGUGAAAUCCACCAAAGCCCGCUUCUAUAUCAGAUUGAGGCUAUGUCAGGAGCUUCUCGAGAAAACCGGGGACGCAGAAUUCGCUCAAUGCGUCCGAUACGUCACACCCCACCACGUGAAUUUGCUGAACUCCUUGAGGAACUGAACCGCCUCUACGACGAGUUUGCGCCCUUCAGGGAGUUGUACAUUGGGACGCUGCGCGAUGCUAAUAGUCCCGGUCCCGCUCUCUCUGAGGAAAAUCUGCAGCGUAGACAGCGCACAGCUGAAUUAUGUUCGGAGUUGUACCAUAGUUUCUCGCACGCUUUCCAUGCAGUGAGCGAUGUCAGUCUGCUAUUGAACAACGGACACUCACGCCUCACUUCUGAAGCUCUUUUGCGUCACACACUACCCGUGCAGGCGCAUAUUAAUGUCGUGCAAUCAUCUACUGCAAGGCGGCCUUUUAAUACGUCUGCCACCAUAAAUGGGACAAACCAAAUACCUUCCGACGCUCAGCCAGUACUAAUCAACGGCUCCCAAGCUGGAAGAAAUACUACCCAGCCGACUGUCAAUAUAAAUAUUCAGCCAGAUCCUGUUACCUAUCAGGUUGAAAUAGAGACAAGCGUACCCAUACCAAUCAGUCUCCAAAAUACUAAUCAAACCCAAAAUCAGAGUCAGAACCAGAGGCCGAGUGUAAGUCAACCUCAAGGUCAAAGUCAGCCUCAGAGACAAGGUCAAGCUGCAGACCAGGGUCAAGCUGCUGGCCAGGGUCAGGGACAAGCUGCAGGCCAGGGUCAGACGCAGACUGCAGGUCAGGGCCAGGGACAAGCUGCAGGCCAGGGUCAGACGCAGACUGCAGGUCAGGGCCAGGGACAAGCUGCAGGCCAGGGUCAGGCUCAGGGGCAGGGUUCAGGUCAGGGUGGCCAAGGACAGGGCGAGGGUCAGAAUCAGAGCAAUAACGGGCAAGAUGGGCAAGCGAACCGUCGACAAGUUAUGAUCGAUUUUGAGAAUCUCUUUAGGGGAUUGGGUCAAGGCGCAGGCCUUGGAGGUGUAGAAGUUGUGAUGAGUAUGGAGGAAAUUCCUCACGCAAUGGGAGGUCAGGGGCAAAAUAAUAACGGGUCAACAACUGGAGCUCCUCAGCCGACCGAGGGUGGACCUCCACCUCAGGCCCAGUUUGGAUCGCAAGUGUUUUUCGCUCAGAUGCCGUUGAAUGAUCUACCGCACGGUGAUCUUGUACAUAACAUCGUAUCAUCUGUUCUGCGUCAUGGCUUACCGCCUGGUGUAGAAGGGUUUUACCAUUUACCUAAUGCAUAUCCGACUCUGGAAGAAACCAGAAAUGUGAAUCAAUACCAGGCUCUAAAUCAGGCCCUAAACCAAGCUCAGUACCGGGCUGUUACUCAGGCUCUACACGAGGCUCAGAUGGAUGAACAGAUGGAUGCACAGAUGGAGGACGAAUUGGAGGCCCAAAGGGAGGUUCUGAGACAAGCCCGGAGGCAGAACAGGAACCAGCCCCGAACCUUGGCUCAAGCUCAAAGCCUGGCUCAGGCCCUAAACGAUGAGCAGGCUCGUAACCAUUCUCAAAAUCAGCGCGAAAGUCGGGCCCGGUCUUCGGGUCAAACCCAGCGCCAGACCGCAACCCAGCCUAGAGAUCAUAGUCCGCAUAUCGAGGAAGAUGAUGAUGAUUUCCUGGAACAAGUUCCUGUGCAGACUCCAACUCAUGGGCAAUUGCAUCGUCAAGAUUUUCAAUCGGAGCAUCAGAAUCGUUUUGUGCCAAUGGAGCAAUAUCUAGAAAACAACACUGAGGAAAACGCAGUCUCGGAUCAGAACAAUCGUUCCAGACGGUCAAUAUUUCGCAGACAGCUUCAAUUACAACAACAACAUCAACAGCAAGGUGCUAGACCACGCGUCCCAACACUUUCGAUCCACACACUGGCUUACGAUCGAUUCUUGCCAUGCGACAGCCAUCACGCCAGGCGUCAGCUGCAUAGGCGCCGUGAUCAAGCUUCCCAAAAUGGAGGACUGCUUUUGAGAGACAGCAGUCUGUCACGCGUACAGAAUAGCGUGGAAACUCUGUUUGAAAGAUUUGAUAGGUACACCAAUAACGAGGAAUCUCUGCUGAUUGCUGCUGUGGUUACUCUGCGCGAGGCCACAUCGUUCUCGAGAGGACGUUCUCUAGUGCCCGAUGAGCUGCUGCCUCUCCGAGAGCGCCUGCAGGUGUAUAUGCGCCAUCUGAUUCAAGGGGAAUACGAAGUUGGUACCCAGGACCAGCUGGCCGAUUUGAUUUUCGAACGUCAUUCGAGAUUUAUUGAGCGCAUUGCCGCGAUCACUCCGAUACGUCAAAACGUUGAUAUUGUUGAGUCAAUGAAGGCGGUGUUGACACGCUUCCUGAAUGAAGCUAUGACCGUCUUGGACAUGGAGAGCAACGACUCGUUUUCUCGACGAUUCCGCAUUGUUAUCCCGCGCAUGUUUUAUGAGCUGUGCGGUGUGAUCUCUUACUUUUGCUUGGAAGGAGUGGAGGGACUACGCACUAUAUAUCGUAGUUUCUUGGCUGACCUGCUGCAGAACCUGGAUGAACCAGUGCGCGAUCUCCUGUUCAGCAUCGCUAUGGAGAACUUGAAUGCGGCUAUCUACCGCAUAGAGUCUCAUAAAACACACUACGCGCAAUUCAUACGCCGCAAGCCGAUGAGAAUUUGCCCUCCAUCAAGUGAGUCUGAGGACUCCUUCCAAAGGGAGGAUGGUGCGUCGGCUAGCGCAAGCCAACGCGAGCCAAUCGAUGCUGCCGCGCAUUGCACGAAUCGCCCCGGAGCUACGGACCGUCAACAGUUCAAGUGUCCAGGGAAUUACGCCAUCAGGAUGUUACGCAACCGUGACUCGGCCGAGCGUUCAGAUGCUGGCGCCGGAGGAUCUUCAUCGGCUCCUACUACUUCCUCAGCUCCUACUACCUCCUCGGCUACUGCUUCCUCGUCCGCCGUUGGUCCCUCGUCAGAUCUUGCCAGCCCAUCGGCUUCGCUAUCCCCUACACCUCCUUCUGCUCCAUCUACUCCAACGUUUCCAAAUGCUUCAGAUGCUCCUACCGCUCCAUCCGCUCCAUCUGCCCCAAUUGAGAAUCGGAAUAUUCCAGAGGUUUCAGCAAUUCCCGAAGUUUCGGCAUUAUCCGAAGUAUCGACAAUUCCCGAAGUUUCGGCAUUAUCCGAAGUAUCGACAAUACCCGAAGUUUCGGCAAAUUUCGGUAUUCCAGUACCACAUAUCACCCACGUUACCAAUGACAACACAUCUGCCUCGAACAACGCUGGGCGUGGCAGAUUCAUCCGGGGCAACAGAUCGGGCUCCACAACGUCGUCAGAUCCGUCUGGCAAUAUAAGAUUCGUACCACCUGCGCAGAUAGCGCAACAUUGGGGCGAAGACUGGGUGCCCACAUUUACACGCGACUUACAGCGACAGCGAGACACUGCUGAGCCAUACAGCGACGCGUAUCUCUCGGGUAUGCCGCCAAAGAAGCGUCGCUGUGUUCGGCAGUCGCGUCCGCCCACAACGCUCAAUGCCUUCAUAAAUGAAAGCGUAUCGGAAGUGUCAUCUGAGCUGGAUGAAGAUCAGGGCGAAGAGCUACGCGUUGCGUUCAGGGACCAUGUGAGGUGCAUCGCACGAGCCAGAGCCGCAGCCUCCGAGGACUACGAGCCGCGCAGGCUUGUGGCUACAGCGAGAUUCCUCAACCAGAACAGAUCGAGCACGCGCAAAUCGCCCGACAAAAACAGCUCGGAAUAAAUACACAAAUGAUAACGAUCGGUUUCAUUUAAAAAAGUUAAAAUACACACCCACACUUGUCGCCUACACACGGAUUAUGACUUUGAGAGAAUAUUCUCUCCAUAUUACACUGAUAUAACAUUUUUGAAGUAGUGUAGUAGUAAAUAAAUGUUUCAAAUAAUUCUUGUUAGAUAAAUACCAUAGUACCACCUAUACUAAAUUUUGUUUUAUUUCUAAAUUCUGUAAAAUAUAUUUCAAAACGGAUGGACAGGGUAGCGUGAUGCGAAUUUUUACACCUAAUCGGCAUUCAAAAUUUGGAACCCUGUCGAAAUGGCUGCUUUUCUAAAAUUCAACGGUAGCAUAUUCGUAAAUAUAUACCAUUGAAUUUGGAAAAGUAGCGAAAAAAUUUAAAACUAUCUGACUGAUUGUUGCGAUUUUGAUCCUAUACUAAAAUAAAUUCGAAACUUUUUUUCAGCCCUUUAAUAUAUCUGUGUUGCAUCCUUAAACAAAAUUCCUUUACAGAUUUUUGGUUUCCUUAAUUCUAAGUUACAAUAGUUUUCACUAUGAACUUCUAUUAUAUAAUAAUUGAUGUUUAAUAGAUGUUUAGAUUGGUAAUUUAAUAAUAUCUAUGCUUAUAAAUUGUAAGGUCCGUCUGUAUGUAUAUCAAAAUUGUACUACAGGCAGGAUCGUAAAGGGGUUAUCACCAUUUUAAAGGUAUAUAUUAUUGAUGGUUUUGGUGCAUGUUAUAUCAAUUGAAUGCAGAGCUAUGAUUGUAUAACUUAGAAAUGAUACGUGAGAGGAACUUUGCACUCCCACUCUCCGUGGGUCCUUACAGAGGAUUUGUCAAAUGCGAUCGUGAAUUUCGCGUACUCUCUUCCUUUCUCUUGUUAAUGAGCGGCAUAUCUGAAGGUAAAGGAGAGUUGCAUGUAGACAGAGCCGCAGGUAAAAGGCUAUAUUGUUAAAUGACUACUUCCUUUUAAAAUGUUUAUUCAAGUAGCGAACAACUUAUCUCAUGAUUAUAUCAAUAAAUGUUAAUGAAUUUUAUCAUAAUUAUAUUCAAUAGAUGUUAGUUUGAACGACCUUAAGUCGCAUAUCAAUUCGAUUUUUUCAAUUAUCCUAUUGUGAGCCCCUGUCACGGCUACGGCCAUUUUUAUCUUAUACGUGUCUAUUUAAUGGAAUUCAUUUUCAAUGUAAUCAGGUAUAUAAUUAGGCUAAAUGAUUAUCGGAAUACAAUGUUUUAAACAAUAUUUACUUAAACGUAUGUACCGUUUCAUUACAAUUAGUAUGUAGGUAAAAAAAGUUAAUUGCGAUCAAUAUGUCGCUCGAGAUGAUAAGGAAUGCAAAUGUUUAUGGAUAUUUUAAAAUGUGACGAUUUUUUUUUACAUUUUGUUGACAACCGUACAUAUUGUAAUGAUAUGGUCUAUACGCCACUAGAAUGUAUUAAAUAUUUAACGAUAUAAGAUGUAUUGGUAUCGUAUAAACUUGAAAAGCAGACAAUACUUGAAUGAACUCAAAUAAAUUAUUUAUUACGUUUAUUUCAUAUUUAUAUUCUCUUGGACUUUUGACUCGACUGUCACUAUGUUCAAAAAGCUGCGCGACCGCAAAAGGGAAAAAACAAGUUUUGUGUUUAUGACGUUACUUUAUUGAUAUCGUAUUGACCGAUGCUGUAAUUAAAUUGAGUUGUCAACAAAAAAUAAAUGCUACGAUGCUACGAAUUGUAGUUACAAGCACAGAAUUUGCCAAUUUAUUAGAAUGGUAACACAAGAUAAUGUUUGCAUUUCAUGUUUAUAUGUUUUAUUCACUAUUAUUGGGACUUACCCUCUAUAUUACAGUUAAUCAAUUAUUAUUAUUAUAUAGAUAAUUGUGGAUGUCGUAGAUUCAGAGCUCAAUGGAUGUAUUUUACUAUUUAAUUUUGUCAUCUUCAUUUCUUCAUCUUUAUUUCAAUAUUUAAAAAGACAAUUAUUAUUGUAAAAUGACGUUGGUAUUACAGUUUGGUAUCUUUGUUAUUUGCGUAUAAAUUUUCAUUGUUGGAUAUAAUUAUAAUUUAAUACAUUAAUUGUAUUGAUUUGUUUUAUAAAUUUGGGAUUGUAAUAUGUGUACUUACAUUGUAAUAAUUUAAAUUACAAUAUUAUAAUUAUCAUUUUCUACAUAAAAAUUAUAACCAGCGUUAUAUCUCAUGGAGGUUAUAUUGUCUGGUUUCGAUUUUGUUCGCUUAAAAUUGUAAUAGCAUAUGAGAAAUAAUAAAAAUAGUUAAUGUGA